AUGCCAUUUACUUGUGAUUUUUGUGGCAUCUCUGGAGAUCACUCCCCUUAUCUUUGUACCAAGUGUAAUCUUGUUGUCCACAAGAAGUGCAUUUCAAUGCCUCGCAGUCUCAUGAUAACACGACAUCCUCAUAUGAUUUCUCAUUCAUAUUCUCUUCCACAAAAUGAUGUCAGAGACUCAAUUUGGGAUGGAACAAUUGUCUUGGAAGACAAUGAUGAGAGCUGCAAAGAAACACAACAUGCAUCCUUGAAUUUGAUUACUGAUGUUGUUGAACAAACGAGUAUCGGAGAGCAGAUGAUAUACCAUGUGUGGCAACCGCUCAUAGCUUGGUAUAAAAAUGAUAGACAUCCUCUUACUCUGACUUAUUCUGAUGAUUCCAGUCCUUCUCAAUAUUAUUGCGAUCUAUGUGAGAAUGAGCGCAACCCUAAUGACUAGUUUUACUACUGUGUUGAUUGUGAUAACUCUCUUCAUUCCAUAUGCACUCUCGGGCAUCCUCAGUUUAUGAA